AAUUAAUUUAAAGUGGACAAAAAACAUGACAAAGAAUCCUUUUGUUAUCUACUUCAUGGUCGGUCUCUCAAUCUUUGCCCUUAUUGUAAAUGAAGUAUUAUUUGUGAAAGGAGUUGAUUUACCGUGUGUUCGUAAAAGCCAAACAUGGAACGGGUUGUGCUUCAGCAGUUCAAAAUGUAAAUGGAAAUGCAUGGAAUUAGAGCACGCCAAAACUGGAGGUUGUUCGGCCGUGUUCGUGUGUUACUGUCAUUUCAAUUACAAUCCUAUAACCGGACAAUAUGUACGAAAAACAUGACAAAGAUUAAUCCUUUUGUUAUCUACUUUAUGGUCAGUCUCUCAAUCGUUGCCCUUAUUGUUAAUGAAGUAUCAUUUGUGAAAGGAAUUGAUUUACCGUGUGUUCGUGGAAGCAAAACAUGGAAAGGGUUGUGCUUCAGCAGUUCAAAGUGUAGAAGGAAAUGCAUGGAAUUGGAGCACGCCCAAAAUGGAGCUUGUUCCGUGUUGGUGUGUUACUGUCGUUUCAACUACAAUCCUAUGAGCGAACAAUGUGAAACUGAUCAUCAAUGAUUUAUGUAUUGAUUAUAUAAGGUUAUAUGUACGUACAAUUAUACAUGACGUACAGUUUAUAGCCUAAAUUAUAUUAAUCUCAUAUUAAACCAAACUUUUCCCUUUCAA